CAGAAGUCAAUAACAGCUGUUUGAGUGUGAGUCGUCAUUUCAUUUACGGAGAUCAUUAUUUCCACAACCUGCUGCUGUGGGUAAAAAGGAGAUAGCCGGCCAUUUGUGAUAAGGCCUUAUUGUUCCGUAUUUAUGGCAGCGAGGAAGCAAUAAGCGCCGCCGGUGUUUGUACAAACCCCGCCGGCCCUGGCAGCCUCCCUCUUUGAUAGAGGCGGCUCUGAACAUCUUCUGACGCCCCCCUCUGAGUCCUGACUCACACAUCCAGACCAAAGUUUGUGUUCGGCUCGACACAGCGGCAGAGCUGCUCACAAAUGACUCGUCUGGACACAUGGGGCUGCUGGGGAAGCGAAGAGCCGUGCUCUGGCCCCUCCCCCUCCCCGCUCUAAUCCCUCUGUUCUCUCCCGUCAGCCGAGCCGACGUCCCGGGGGCAGCUAGCGAGCCGCCGCCUCAUCAGCAGUGACGUGGGGGACCCCGGCGCUGUCCGUCUCCGUUUGUUCCACGCUGUUGACCGGCGCGAGGAGCUGGCUGUGUGACACGUGGACGCCGCGCUCCACCGUCCCCCAUCGCUCCCCGGGCGGGGUGGGGGGGGGAAAGCUAUGAUGUAAUGCGACGCUCCCCCCACCCCAAGCACCCACCCAAGCACCCACGCCACCGCCAAAUCGCCAGCGCAGCCAUGCAGGACUGCCACACGGGGUUGUGCCUCUCGGUCUACGUCAUCACCUUCGUCACGGGCUUCCCGGCCAACGUGCUCGCCUUCUACACCUUCUGCGGCAAGGUGCGCAAGAAGGCCACGCCCAUCGACAUCCUCCUGCUCAACCUCACCGUCUCGGACCUGCUCUUCCUGCUCUUCCUGCCCUUCAAGAUGCAGGAGGUGAUGAACAACAUGCUGUGGGAGAUGCCCUACGCGCUCUGCCCGCUCUCGGGCUUCAUCUUCUACACCACCAUCUACAACAGCACCUUCUUCCUGACGGCCGUCAGCGUGGAGCGCUACCUGGGCGUGGCCUUCCCCAUCCAGCACACGCUGCGCCGCCGGCCCCUGUACGCCGUGCUGGCCAGCCUCUUCUUCUGGGUCUUCUCCAUCGCCCAGCUCAGCAUCGUCUUCAUCAUGCCCUUCAUUGGCAACGAGGGAACCUCGCCCGGCAACGGCACCCACGGCGGCAACCCCAAUGAUGCAGGCAGCGGCAGUGGCAGCGACAGUGGCAGCGGCAGCUGGGCGGUGGAGAUGCUGCAGGAGGACCCCUCGAGCCGCUCGGGGGACCCCCGCAGGGAGUCGGUGUGCUACGAGAACUUCACGCCGGCACAGCUGGCCGUCCUGCUGCCGGUGAGGCUGGAGCUGGGCCUGGUGCUCUUCUGCGUCCCGUUCCUCAUCUGCAGCUUCUGCUACAUCAACUUCAUCCGCAUCCUGUCGCGGCUGAAGCACAUCGGCCGCCGCCGGAAGCUGCGCGCCAUCGGCAUGGCCCUGGGCACCCUGCUCGUGUUCGCCGUGUGCUUCGUGCCCUACAACGUGUCCCACCUGGUGGGCUUCGUCACGUGGCGGAGCCCCGACUGGCGCGACAAGGCGCUGCUCUUCAGCACCUUCAACGCCUGCCUGGACCCGCUCAUCUUCUACCUGUCGUCGGCGGCGCUGCGGAGCGUGGUGGGCGGCGUGGUGCAGGGCGCCCGGAGGAGGCUGGCCGGGUGCUGGGCGGGCUCCGCCAGCCUGUGUCCCUGGAGCCGAGUGAAGCCGCCCUCGACGGAGAACGGCCAGAGACGGGAGGCGAUGAGCGCUAUCUGACGUUAGCUUAGGGUGCGGGUUAGCCGCUAGCACGAUUUUAUCAGCCAUUAUGCUAUUUGAGCCUAUCUGACCCUAGCUCAGUGCUAUCGGGGAUGCUAUCUUGAUGCUAUCUGACCCUAUCUAACGCUAGCUCAGUGCUAUCGGGAUGCUAUCUUGAUGCUCUUUGAUCCUAUCUAACGCUAGCUCAGUGCUAUCGGGAUGCUAUCUUGAUGCUCUUUGAUCCUAUCUAACGCUAGCUCAGUGCUAUCGGGAUGCUAUCUUGAUGCUAUUUGACCCUAUCUAACGCUAGCUCAGUGCUAUCGGGAUGCUAUAUUGAUGCUCUUUGACCCUAUCUAACGCUAGCUCAGUGCUAUCGGGAUGCUAUCUUGAUGCUAUUUUGACGCUAUCUCAGUGCUAUCGCAGUGCUAGAUGAAGCUAUCAUCUGAUGGGAUCUGAUGGUAAUCCAAAGCUAUCCGUUGCUACCUUGAUGCUGUCUGCCGCUAUCUGAAGCUAUCUGGCACUAUCUUAGUGCUGUCAUGAUGCUAUCUGAAGGGUUGGGAAAAGACAAGUUACUUUUUUCCUCCUGUUUGUUGAAAUGCACGUCGCAGAGAAGGUAUCACACAUGUAUUGAGGCGCAUUGUGUGUUUACAGGUCUACAUGUUUGCCCGGUAAUCUGCUGGGUAACUUCCUGCCAAGAUUAGAGACAGGAAAUGGAAAUCGACGCGUCAAAACAAGAGUUCUUCAAAUUGGAUUUCUCCAGGGGCUAUCUGACUUUUAUCUGGAGCGGUAAACGUGCGUAGAGCCAUUCACUCGUAGACUGUCUUGCUUAAGGACAUCUCUGAAUGGGCUUUUCAACAGACUACAUUUAUCCUAACAAAAGAGUGUUAAAAAGUCGAGUCAAGGGGCCAACAAACAGAGUCUCCACACAGCUAGAGCCCUUUAUAAUCUCAUCCGUUAGCACAGAAAAAUAUAACAAUUUUAUGCACAUAGACAAACCUUUUAUAUACCUUAAUCUACCUACAUCCACUUUUACAUACACCUUACAGCGUUGAAUGUUGUUAAGCAUCCAUAUCUUCUGAGCUUUAAAUGAAUGUGAGUCGGUAAAACAAAAUAAAACAAGAGAGAAGAUCCACUCUUCUACGUGGAUAUUGUUAAGUAUGGGGUGUUCAGUCUGCCUGUGUACUAGGGAUUUGUAUGGGACAUUUGUUGUAUCUCUUAUGACUGAACUGCUGUUUUACAUUUUUCACCUUUUUGAUGUGAAGGAUAAAGUCCCCUGGGGGGGAAUGAAGAUUAUAUUCUCUUCUAUUUUCUAUCAUCAAAAUGAAGACAUCAUGGCACUAGUUUGUAUGUGUGUCUAUGUAUCUAUGUGUUUGAACCCCAUAGACUUGCCUGUGGUCAUCAUAGAGCAAGAUGCCUUUACCCCUACCUGCUCACUUCAAAUAAAAGAUAAACGCCC